AUGUGUCCCACUAUCAUACCUUUUUCACUGCGACAUUACAUCAUUCAGCUUAAGGCUCGUUGUCUCAGCACAUCAAAGAGAUGGGAUCACAGACCUCCAAAUGUGGUGCCCCAUCAUCACCACAAAACUCACAAGGUAAUAAGGACAAGAGUAAAUGGUGGCAAAAAAAACAACCUGAAAAAAAUCAGUCGGGUGGAGGGAGGUCACAAGGAAGUUCUGGAGGCAAUGUGGGACAUCAGGGAAGCGGCCAAUGAACUGGCAAUCCCCCAAGUGGCCAUUCUCACCAAAAUUGACGAGGCCUGUCCUGAAAUCCAAAAAGAUAUAAAGAAUGUCUACAAGAGCAUAAUGCUACAUGAAAAGAUGAAGGAGUUCAGUGCAAACAGUGGAAUUCCGAUAAACUCCAUCUUCGCUGUGAAGAACUACCAUGAAGAAAUCGACUUAAACAGUGACGCUGACUCACUGAUCCUGAGCGCCCUGAGACACAUCAACACCGGAGAAGACUUCCUGAAUCCUAACGAUGCAUAAUGUUCUGAUAGACAUGUUUGAAGAACAGCUGAAUUUAAUGGUGAAUAAAAACUAUAAUGUGACAUCAAUAUGAGAACUGGUUGCAGUGAUAGAUGGGAUUGUUUGUAGAUUGUGGUUGACUGGGAAAAUCAUAUUUCCCAAGAUAAU